AUGCAAUCAAACGUAGCUGAAACCUUUAGGAAUGGUACCGCACUAGUCACCGGAUGUACGGGAGUUUUAGGAAAACUACUAACAGAAAAAUUACUGAGAUCAUGUCCUGUUAAAACUAUUGCAAUUAUUGUGAGGAACAAGAAAGAAUUUACUGCGGAACAAAGAGCUGAAAACAUCUAUAAAGAAACUGUGAGUAAUUACUUUAAAGUGUGAGAUUAGGGUUUGCGGAUAAUUAUAAAUGAAUAAAUAUAUUUAAUAAAUUAAAAUUUACAGAACUCUCUUAAAACAUAAUAAUACAACAUUCGAAUAGUUGAAAAUCAUACUCAACCCUUUCGAAUUCAAUAAAAAAUCUUAAAUUAGUUAUGCUACAAUUUUGAUCGACCGGUACAAUAUAUUUUAGAAUUUUUAUCCUAACAUUUUUACAAUAAUAUUGAUUUUCUCAUAAUUUUACCAGGUAAACGUUUCCUCAGGUCCACCUCUUAGUCUAAAAUACAAAAUUAAAUAAACAUUUUCCGAUUUUUAUGCGGGUGUUCGUGCAUUCAAAGAUUUAAUGAAAUGUAUGACAUUUUGUUCAACAAACAUUUCCAUAAAUUAUUAUCUUAUUCUUAUAGUAAUCUAUACAGUAAUAAAAAUAAUAAUAAUAAAACGCUUAACUGAAUAAAAUGAUUCAAUAAAGUUCAAAUACUAUUUAUAUUUUUAAGAUAUUUGACUGUCUAAGGGAAAAAAAACCUAAUUUUAUGAACCACAUCAAAGUUAUCGAUGGAUAUUUAGAGGGUCCGGAUCUUGGAAUAUCGUCAACUGAUCGUGAAUGGAUAAUUGAAAAUGUGAAUUUCGUUUUUCACUGUGCAGCUACAGUAAGAUUUAACGAGCCUCUUGAGAAGGCGAUAAAAAUAAACAUUCAAGGUACAGAAAAACUAUUGGCAUUAGCAACUGAAAUAAAAAAUAUUAAGGUAAGGAGUUCAUAAAUUAUGAAUGUCUAUACUUUAUAAUCUAGACUUUUCAAACAAAAUUUCUCAAAAUAAAAUUAGGUUAAGUUAGAUUAGGUUAGAUGGGCGUGUCAUUCUGAAGCUUAUAAAGCAUUAUUUUGUAAUUAUGAAUAGUUAGAUAGAAAAAAAACCCACAAUAUUAUGGAGAACAAAUUUAAAAAGAAUGACUCUAUAUCUUACAUUAUUAUGGAGUGAUAUGAUGAAGAGAAGUAGUAGAAUUUCAAUUCAAUUACAAAAUAAACUUUUUGAUAGAUUUGAACCUGUCAAAUUUCUGAAAUUGUUGAAGAAUUUUGUGUCAAGUUUUAUGACAAUAAAAUCGCACAACUAAUUCAACAAAUUCAAAAUAUUUAUAAGACAUAUUAGAAUGAAUAUAAAAAAGAGGUCCUAGAAUAAUGAGGUCAGGUGCAGCCACUGGUAUAGGUAAUUUAAUGUAUAUCUGUAAGUAAACGAGAAACCAUUGUUAGCGAAAAAACGAUUCUAAGCGCAAUUCAGUUGAUAGUGAUGCUUUGUCAAUAAUACAUAUGCCAUAUUAUGGUAAAAAUAGACAUUAUAUAUUAACUUUAAUAAUAUUUGUUUAAUAUUGUACCGAUUUUUCCGUUUUUUUUAGUUUUCCCAUGUGUUUCCUAGUUUUUCGUAUUUAAUGUAAAAACUCUUGGAAAAAUCGAAAAAUAAUCUCUCUGAAGUACCUCUCCAGUCAGAUUUCCUGUAAGAAAAAGUGCUAUCAUUGCAAUUCGGAGCAAAAUUACUGAUAGAAAAGUUGUCUACAGAAAAAAAAAUCGUAAUAUUUCACUAAUACAUUUUCUCGUUUUUUCUCCGUUUUUCACGAUUUUUCCCAUUUAUCGGAAAAACUCCUUGAAAAAUCAAAAAAUGACCUCCUCAAGUUAUCAUGGAGAUAGUUUCCAGAAUUUCAGAAAAUAAGCUAUACUUGAUACAUUGGAGCAAGAUUUUUGGUAGAAAAGUUUGCACAACAAAUCGAGGAGUAUUUUACAAUUAAAAUAGUUCGAGAACAAGGGAUGAUUUGGGUUUCUAGGUACACUCAAAAUUAAUUUAUUUUUCCUUGUUUAGAUAAAAAGAAAAAAUGAAGGUUCGAACUCGUGAACCCUUGGAUGAUAAUAGCUAUGUAUAACCAUAAAGCUACAACAAACAUACUUUAGAGAAGACAAUAUUUAGUUAUUUAACAUAACAUAUAAUAUAAUAAAAAACUUAAAAAUGGCAAAAAUGUUUCAAAAGUUUGACCAUGUCUAGAAAAAGCAAAUAUAAGUUUUCUGUCCGAAAUUCAAGUUUCUACAAAUAUUUUUAACUGAAUUACAACAAAUAACAAUAUUGAAAAAUAAUAAAAGCAUUAUUUUUGUAAAUUUCCCGUGUUUCUCACGUUUUAUCCUGGUUUUUCUCAGAUAUUAUGAAAACCGCUUGGAAAAUCAAAAAAAUGACCACCCAAAAGUACCAUCUGGAAAACAUUUACUUUCAGAAAUGAUGCCACGUGUUUAUAUCUGAGAUAUAAACAUAGAUUUUUGGUAGAAUUCUAUGAAGAUUUAUGGUAGAAUUUUUGUACACUGUAUAUAAAAAAAAAAUAAUAAUAAAUAAAACCAAUAUAUUCUCCGCUACAUUCAGAAUCUAAAAAUAAGAAAAACAAUUAUUAUCCUGAUGAUAGCAAUAGUAAUUUAAUAGAAAUUGUGUAUAAAAGAAAAGACAAAAUGAGAAUUAAAUCCCAUUAUAUAAUUAUCGAUACAUUUGUUUUAGAACUAGAAAAAAAAAUUUCUGUACAAAAUUAUAUUUCUAUACAUUUUGAUUUAUUGCUGAAUUAAGUUAUCCGCUAAAGCAGAUAGUAAAGUCAAAAAAGGCCAAUGAACAAAACAAAAUAAACAAAAAUGUAAUAAUGCUAUUUUUUUGAAGUUUAAGUUGUAAAGGGGCCCACUUAGAGACGAACCGGACGUGGGUCGUGGGAGGGGGGGGGGGUAAAAUACCCACUCUCCUACUUAUAUAUAACUUUUCCAUCUAAAUUUCAAAUUUUUACAAAUAUUUUUAACUCUAUGACAACAAAAAAACAAAAUGGAAAAUAAUAAAAUUAUUUUUUUCGUAAAUUUUCCCGUUUUAUCGCAAUUUUCCAGAUUAUUAUGAAAACUGCUUGUAAAAUCAAAAAAAGAACUUCUUAAAGUACCAUCCAGAUAAAAUGUUCCUUCAAUAAAGUUGCUACACUUAAUAUAUCAGAGCAAUAGUUUACAGGUGUAAAAAAAAUUCAACCAUUUAUGUAUCUUAAUACGCAUAAUGUUGCAGGGUUUUGUGCACGUGUCAACUGCUUAUUCUAAUUUUUAUUUGGACGAAAUAAAAGAACAAUUCUAUCCUGUUCCAAUCACAGCUAAAGAUCUAUAUGAUCUACUGGAUAUUGAAGACUCAUCGAUCAAGUAUAGUUAUUAUAUAAUCAUUAUAAUUAUUAUAAUCUUUUUUGUUUUAUAGUAUUUAUUUCAUUAUUUACAUGCAAAUAGAAAUAAUAGCAUUUUAAGACGUUGUUCUAAUACGUAUUAUUUCACAAAAGCAAUUACAGAAAAUUUAAUAUCAACCAAUGACAACCGCUUGCCAAUUUCAAUAUUUCGUCCGUCGAUUAGUAAGUAUAAAGUGUUGAGCGUGUCGUUCACACGAACAUAAACAUUCAUUUUUAUUAAUUCAUUGGAAGUAUAAGUUUUUUUUUAAUAUCACCUGUUAGGUGAUAUUAAUUCUCCUAAUUUACUUUCUCAAAUACACCUUAACUUUAAAGUUUCUUUCCGUCUCACACGUUCUUCCGUCAUAUUCAACAUUCCUUUCUGGAUAACUCCCCACGUAUCCAUUGGCCUUAUUAGGUAAAUUCCUCCUGGUUACAGAAACAAUACAAUAUGUGGUUUCCAUUAAAAUGUGUAGAUAAUAAAAAAUAUAAUGAGAUACAAAUAAAACGACUAAAAACCUUUUUUUCAUAAAUAAUGUAAUAUAAUUGAAAAUACCAGAGUAUAAUAAUUAUGUUAUACUCAUAUUAUACCCACAUUAAUGUUUAUUAAAAAAUUCAAACAAUAACCGUGUUUCAGUUGGAUGCACACAAUCGGAACCUUUUUCCGGUUGGGUAAAGAAUCUAAACGCAGCAACCGGUGUAAUCGUUAGCCACAUCAUUGGAAUGACAACGUUUCCAAUGAACAAUAGUACAUAUAGGAUUGACAUAAUUCCAAUAGAUUACACUGUAAAUGCGUUAAUAAGCGUUAUGUGGGACACGGUUCAAAGGUAGAAUAAUAAAUAUAAUACAAUUUGAUACUAAAUGGAUAUUGAUCCAUUUAGUAUGAUAAAUUAUUAUAUUAUUCAAUUUUUAUUUAUCAUAAAUGUAAUUUUAUUAAUUUUCAGAUGCCAAGAUUCGAGUCAAAAGUAUACAGAACCAAAAAUAUUUAAUUUCGUCUCUGGCGUUGAGAGCCCGUUAACAUAUGCCGAUUUUUUUAAUAACAUUUUUAAUUCUUAUCGUGAAGCUCCUCCUUUAAGCGCCGUAUGGUAUUACUUAUGUAUAUUUACUACAAAUCCGCUGACUAUUAAAGUUUUGAGAUUUUUAUUGCACACGGUACCUAACGCGUUCAUGGAUUUAUAUUUACUUGCGAUCGGCAAAAAGCCAAAGUAGGUGAUCUUUAUCUUAUCUAAUGUUUCUUUUAGUAUACAAACUAUUUGUAUUGUUCAAAUGUAUUUCAAACAUAAUGCCUAUGUCAGUAAUGUAAAAGAACCGUCGGGAAAUCGAAUAAAAUGUUUAUUAUUAAUAAACAAUUGUUGACUAUAUGAAGUACAUAUUAUAUAAUAUUCGUUUUAUAAGAAUAAAUGCGUGGGUAGAGAACGUAUUGGUACUUGCUCCAAUCAUCAACUACAGGUGAUUGUUAUCUAGUAAGCGCAUUCAAGAGGUAAUUUUUGAUUUUCCUUUAAGUUUUUUUAAUAAUUGAGUAAAGCGUAGGAAAAACGGGAAAAUGAGCUCUACAACGUUUUCCGUUAUUUUCGAUUUUGUAUUUUUGUUGUAAUUUAGUUCAAAAAAAAUAAUAACUCGAUUAUCUAUAUUAUCUAUUAUCAAAUUAUGCAACGAACGGUGAUUUAUUUAUAAAUGUAUGCAUGGUUCUUUGGGUUAGAAAAGAUUAAAAGAUUAAAAAUAUGAUUUUUAUUAUUUAAAUUCUUUUUAAACAAUCACUGUUGCCAUGGAAACAUACAUUGUAGUAAUCAUUUUAUCAUAAUAUGAUAUAUAUAUUUUAAUAUUUUAUUUAUAUCACCAGAGUAACCAAUCGUCAUAAAUAAUUAGAUUUUCGUAUCUAAAACACCAAUAAUCCCGUGUUAACCACUUUUUAGGGGAAUAAUUUUUCAAUUCGAACCAGUAGUUCCUUCCCAGAUGGUUUAUUCUAUUGUUCCGUUUCAAUGAUAUUUGUUUUUAUACGGGUUUAUAAUAAAUUACAAUUGUAUAUGCGUUGUAUUUACCUUAUCUAUAAUCGCAUUUGUUUGCAUUAUCACCUUUAUUUUCAAACAUAUUUAUAUUGCAUAAUAUAUAAUAAUGCGCAAUCCUACACGAACACAUCAGAUAAUAAUAAUCGAUUUACAUAUUUUUAUAUUCUUUUAGAAUACUAAAAAUGUAUGGAAAAUUGGAAUUAUCGCACGAUUUGUUGCGUUCGUUUGUAGUUAGAAAUUGGACAUUCCACAAUAAUAACACGAGAGAAUUGUGGUCACUGUUGAGUCAGGAAGAUCGCAAAACGUUUUGGUACAGCUUUGAAGAAUUUGAUUUUAAAGAAUAUAUUAAAAUUUAUGUUCAAGCAGUGAGAAAAUGUAUACUAGACGAAGAUCAAAGUAACAUAAAAGAAGCUCUGGCCAAGACUCGAAGGUAAGAUUACGCUUCCAGACUAUUUUAUGUUCAAUUCAAUAAUAUUUGUUUGAUAAUUUAUAGAUUAUUCUGGCUGCAUUAUUUGUGUAUCACUCUCCUUCUUUAUUUCGUAUCUCGUUUGUUCUGGAAAUUCAUAAAAUUAUGUAUGUUAUAAUUCGCAAAAAUAUUAGCAUAAACAGUCGGAGGAAUUCAUCGAUGAUUAGAGUCGGCCAUCGAUCCACAGCUAAAUGCAAUCAUAAUUAUAACGAAUACGGGUUACGAGUUACAAUUAUUUAUAGAGUAAAAAUAAAAUCACUAAGAGUUAUUGUUAUAAUCACAGCUUUUCAAAAACAUUUAUUAGUUAUAUAUACGUAUACAAUAUAAAAUAUAUUGGUACAAUGUGCGUAGCUCUAUUAUCAAUAGUACCUACAUUAUAAUAAACGAGAGCGCGUAAAAAUCUGGAAUGUAAAAACCUUAAAUGUACAAAUCUGGAACGUGCAAUUCUUGAAAAUACUAAUCUUGAAUCCAAGGUUUUACGGUUAUCGAAAUUUGUACCGUAUAAACGUGGAAUAAAAAAGUCCGGAACGUACAAAUCUUGCUCUAAUCAUUUUUUUACAGCACUAUUUCAGAAAAGAAAUCUGACUGA